GCCAUUUUUGCGUCCUGUUCGCUGCUCCUUUUAUCAUUUGAGUUCAGGGUUUUCAUGCGUAACGACUGGUCUUUUCACUAUUGACUUUGCCUUGCCACUUACUCGUAGGAUAAAUUUCCCUUAGAGUCCUGGCCAGCGGCGUGGAGAUCGUUUGCGGAAGGAAACAUUGCUUACCCGUCAUCUCCGUCAUGUCUCCAAUUAAAACACUGUUCAACGACGAGCAAGUUGUACAAAGCACAGAAUCGACGACGACGUCAAAGUCGGUAAUACCGAUUGCGGAGCGGGAACGGAAGCCAUCGCAAACUUCUGAGGACUAUGAAUCAGGCACCACAGAUUCACUAGAUAAUGAGCGACUAUCGACGCAGGAGGGCCAUGAACUUUCUAACAAAAAUGCGCUGCAUGUAGUCGAAUCGAAUAGAGCAAACACUCUCACAAAGUACACAACUGGACUGUCCGUCGUGACCACGACUGAUCCAAACUUCGAGAUCGACUUUCUUGACGAUGACCCGGACAAUCCACGCAAUUGGCCCAUGUGGUAUCGAUGCAUCAUCAUUUUCAUGAUCUCAUAUAGCACACUGACUGUGGUCAUGUAUUCAACAUCGUACACGUCGGCCAUUCCAGGAAUCAUGUCUAGUUUCAACAUUGACAACGAAACGAUACCGGUUUUGGGCAUAACAACGUAUAUGAUCGGUCUUGCGCUUGGAAGCGUUGUAUUGGCUCCUUUAAGUGAGAUGUAUGGACGUAGACCAAUCUAUCUCGUUGCUAUGGCAAUGUUCUGUCUGCUUACAAUCCCCUGUGCAUUGGCACCCAAUCUAGAAGCGAUCUUGAUCACGCGGUUUUUUGGUGCAAUUGCUGGGAGCGCCUUGAUUUCCAAUUCUCCAGGCACGGUCAACGAUAUUGUAACCGAAGAGUAUAGGGCACUUGCCUUUUCUCUCUGGAGCAUCGGUCCCAUGAACGGGCCAGUGGUAGGACCACUGGUCGGAGGAUUUGUCUUUGAAAAUCUCGGCUGGAGAUGGACUAAUUGGAUCAUUUGCAUUUUAAGCGGCGUUGGUUUUGCUAUGUUGCUUUGCAUCAAGGAGACGUACGCGCCGGCCAUCUUACGGAAAAAGGUGAUGGUCAGGAAAAAGGAAACAGAUGAUGGACGAUGGUGGUGUCGUUACGACGACAAAAAAGACUUCUGGCCACUUUUGCGUUUGAACUUGAGUCGACCGUUCAUAAUGACCAUUAAGGAGCCUAUCUGCAUUUUUUGGGAUAUAUAUAUAGCGCUGCUAUACGCAAUCCUGUAUCUCUGCUUCGUCGCCUACCCGAUCGUUUUCUCGGACUUGCGCGGCUGGUCUCCAGGCAUUACAGGACUCGCAUAUAUGGGAAUUGGUAUUGGAUCCUUGAUUUGCAUUGCAUCCGAGCCUGCAAUUCGGAAAAUGAUAAACUCACACAAGCCUGACCCAGCGACUGGAAGACCUCCUCCCGAGUCAAUGGUUAGUAUUGUCUGCAUUGGCGCAAUUACUGUGCCAAUUGGCGAAAUGAUCUUUGCAUGGACGUGUACACCAAAUGUACACUGGAUCGUGCCAAUUUUGGCCGGCAUACCAUUCGGAUUUGGAAACACAAGUGUUUUUAUCUAUGCCUCGAACUACCUCGUGCACUCUUACGGUAUCUAUGCGGCUUCAGCGUUGGCUGGGAACUCUGUUUUCAGAUCACUAGUGGGCGGUACCUUGCCCCUUGCAGGACCUUCGCUGUAUAGAAGUCUCGGGCCUCAUUACGCGGGAACAUUGUUGUCGUGUCUCGAGUUCUUGUGCGUACCUAUUCCAUUUGUAUUUUAUCGUUAUGGUCAUAAGAUUAGGAUGAAGAGCACUUUGAUUAGGCAGAUGCAAGAAGACAUGGAUCGCUUAGACGCCAAAAAGCGAAAGAACGAGGAGAGGAUUGCAAGAGAUAGGUCAAGAGCAGGGACAGCCAUCUCAGAAAAGGUACCUGUUCAUGAAAUUGAAGCCGAAUUGGAAAGAGUGGUAAGCAAAGCAGAGAAAGAGCUAGUCGUGUGA